AUGUUUUCAUUCAAGCAAGCAGCUUACUUCAUUUGUUUGUUUGCUACAGUUUCCUGUGGCUGCCUGAUUCAACUAUAUCAAAAUACUUUCUUCAGAGGUGGGGAUGUCACUUCCUUGUACAGCCCAGAUAUUCAGCACUGUCAGAUGAUGUGCACAUUCCACCCCAGGUGUUUGCUAUUCAGUUUUCUUCCAGCAAGUUUAACUAAGGAGCCAGCUAAAAAGUUUGGCUGCUUCUUGAAAGACAGUGUUACCGGAACAUUACCAAGGGUGCAUAAGAAAAAUGCAGUCUCUGGGCAUUCCUUAAAGCAGUGUGGCCACCUAAUAAGUGCUUGCCACCGAGACACUUAUGAGGGAAUUGAUAUGAGAGGAGCCAAUUUUAAUAUGACUAAGGUUCAAAGUGUUAAAGAAUGCCAAAAAUUGUGCACCAAUGAUAUUCGCUGCCAAUUUUUCACGUAUGCCACCCCAAAUUUUUAUUUUGCUGAGUAUCGGAACAACUGCCUAUUAAAGCGCAGUCUAAGUGGAACACCUACCAGAAUCAAGGUACUGAAGGAUGUGGUAUCUGGAUUCUCACUGAAGCCCUGUGCACUUUCAGAAAUUGGUUGCAAAAUGGACCUUUUCCAGCAACUUGCGUUUACAGAUGUGAAUAUUGCCAGAGUUGUCACUCCAGAUGCUCUAGUGUGUCGGACCAUCUGCACCUACCAUGCCAACUGCUUCUUCUUCACGUUCCACACCAAUGAAUGGGAUGAAGAAUCACAGAGAAAUGUCUGUUUCCUAAAAACUUCUGUAAGUGGGACACCAACUUGCGUUACUCUUCAGGAAAACACUAUAUCUGGACAUAGCCUUUUGUCCUGCAAAAGAACUUUGCCUGAACCAUGCCACAGCAAAAUUUACUCUGGAGUUGACUUUAGAGGGGAAGAACUGAACAUGACCUUUGUGCAAGGAGCAAUUGCUUGCCAAAAGAUGUGUACAGAGACAGUUCGCUGCCAGUUUUUUACUUACUCUUCACUCCCAGAAGACUGUAAGGAAGAGAAGUGUAAAUGUUCUAUGCGAUUAUCUUCAGAUGGUUCCCCAACCAGGAUUACACAUGGGAUCCAAGGGAGCUCUGGUUAUUCUUUGAGAUUGUGUGAAACAGGAGACAGCUCUGUCUGCACAAAAACAAACCCACGCAUUGUGGGAGGAACAAAUUCUUCUUUGGGAGAGUGGCCCUGGCAGGUCAGCCUACAGGUGAAGCUGACGAGCCUAAGCCACCUGUGUGGAGGGUCAAUCAUUGGAAACCAAUGGAUCCUGACUGCUGCCCAUUGCUUUGAUGGGAUUUCCUUACCAGAUGCUUGGCGCAUUUACAGUGGCUUUGUGAAACUGUCCAACAUUACAAAAGAAACUUAUUUCUCACGAAUAAAAGAGAUUAUUAUUCACCAGAAAUAUAAAAUCUCAGAAGCUGGUCAUGACAUUGCCUUAAUAAAACUUCAGGCGCCCUUGAAUUAUACUGAAUUCCAAAAACCAGUAUGCCUACCUUCCAAAAAUGAUGCAAAUACAAUUUAUACCAACUGUUGGGUAACUGGAUGGGGCUUCGAUAAAGAAAAAGGUAAAAUCCAAAAUAUUCUACAAAAGGCAAAUAUUCCUUUGGUAACAAAUGAAGAAUGCCAGAAAAGAUAUAGAGAUUAUGUCAUAACCAAGCAGAUGGUCUGUGCUGGCUACAAAGAAGGGGGCAAAGAUGCUUGUAAGGGAGACUCCGGUGGUCCCUUAGUCUGCAAACAGGGUGGAAUGUGGCAGUUGGUGGGCAUCACCAGUUGGGGGGAAGGCUGUGGCCUCAAGGAACAACCUGGCGUCUACACCAAAGUUGCUGAGUACGUGGACUGGAUUUUAGAGAAAACGCAGAACAGCGACAAAAGUGCUUUGAUGAAGUCAUCGGCAUAA